CUCCUGCAGCCGGGACUUCGUGCGAGCGAAGCUGAAUGGAGGCAGCCUCUUCCUGGUGGAUAAACAGUGACAGCUACAGGGCAGCCACCUAGACCCACCACACAGGCUCUGGCGCUGCCCUGGCAAACAACACCAAAAUGGCUUCAGACAGUACACACAUCGCGCAGUUGACUUCUGAACUGUACUUCCUAAUAGCCCGAUUUCUAGAAGCUGGACCGUGUCAAAAAGCAGCCGAGACCCUGAUAAGGGAGGUGGAGGAGAAGGAGCUGCUGCCCAGAAGGCUGGACUGGACGGGGCAGGAACACCCCGGGACGUACGAAAAUUUGGUAAAGCUCUACAGGCACAUCACGCCAGACCACCUGCUACAGGUCUGCACCAGAGUUUGUCCGCUGCUGGAGAGGGAGGUCCCUGCCAGUGUGCCUGGACUCACCAGCCUUCUAGGAGCUGGCAGACAGAAUCUUCUCCGCACCGCCAAGAGUUGCAAACAUGUUGUGUGGAAAGGCUCAGCACUGGCUGCGCUGCACUGUGGACGGCCACCAGAGCCACCUGUUAUCUACGGGAGCCCGCCGAAUAUUGUGGAGACGAGCUUCUGCCGUCGACUGAAUGGCGCUUACCGUCUCCGUCAGCUGGUGCCCACGGCCGUGUACACACACAUGAAGAUGCACAAGAGGAUCCUGGGACACUUGUCGUCCGUGUACUGCGUGACCUUCGACAGGACGGGGCGACGCAUCUUCACCGGCUCAGAUGACUGUCUCGUGAAGAUCUGGGGAACAGAUGACGGGCGUCUGCUGGCGACCCUGCGCGGCCACGCUGCCGAGAUUUCCGACAUGGCCGUCAGCUACGAGAACACCAUGAUUGCCGCCGGCUCCUGUGACAAGACCAUUAGAGUGUGGUGCUUACAAACCUGCGCUCCUCUGGCUGUCCUGGAGGGGCACGCGGCCUCCAUCACCUCACUGCAGUUUUCUCCUCUCUGUAGCGGCUCCAAGCGCUACCUGUCCUCCACCGGAGCUGAUGGCACCAUCUGCUUCUGGCAGUGGGAUGCACGGACACUCAAGUUUGGUCAGAGGCCCAGUAAAUUCACAGAGCGCUCUAGACCCGGCGUCCAGAUGAUCUGCUCCUCCUUCAGCGCAGGUGGUAUGUUCCUCGCCACAGGAAGCACAGACCACAUCAUCAGGGUAUACUACUUUGGCUCAGGCCAACCAGAAAAGAUCUCUGAGCUUGAGUCCCAUACGGACAAAGUUGACAGCAUCCAAUUUUCACAUUGCAGUGACAGGUUUGUGAGCGGCAGCAGGGACGGUACAGCUCGGAUCUGGCAGCUUCACCCUCAGGGCUGGAAGAGCAUUCUGCUGGACAUGCAGACCAAAUUACCCGGGAAGUACAACCCUCCGCCGCUGGAAGACAAGGUGACCAAGCUGAAGGUUACCAUGGUGGCAUGGGAUCGCCAUGACAGCACAGUGAUAACGGCGGCCAACAAUCUGACGUUGAAAGUGUGGAACUCCAUCACUGGAAAUCUGGUCCAUGUCCUGAUGGGUCACGAGGAUGAAGUGUUUGUUCUGGAGCCACAUCCCUUUGAUCCAAGAAUCCUUUUCUCAGCGGGGCAUGAUGGGAAUUGUAUUGUGUGGGAUCUAGCCAGAGGAGUGAAGAUCCGCUCCUAUUUCAACAUGAUUGAGGGCCAAGGGCACGGAGCGCUGUUUGACUGCAAAUGCAGUCCAGAUGGGCAGCACUUUGCGGCCACCGAUUCCCACGGUCACCUGCUCAUCUUUGGCUUCGGCUCCAGCAGCAAGUACGACAAGAUCGCAGAUCAGAUGUUCUUCCAUACCGACUACCGGCCACUGAUCCGGGAUGCCAAUAACUACGUGCUGGACGAACAAACUCAGCAAGCUCCACACCUAAUGCCCCCUCCCUUCCUGGUGGAUGUGGAUGGGAAUCCACACCCGCCAAGAUACCAGCGGCUGGUGCCCGGAAGGGAGGGCUGCAGGGAUGAGCAGCUGAUUCCUCAGAUGGGGGUCACUUCCUCAGGCCUGAAUCAAGUGGUGAGCGAACAGGCGGUGGAUGGUCCCAGUCCUCUGGACACCAUGAUUCAGAGGCUGCAGCAGGAACAGGACCAACGACUGGGAACCAAUGACGUCUCUGCUGCUGCCGCAAACACCAGGUCCAGCAGAGGAUCUGUGGGAUCUCCCACUGAGGUGCACUCCCCGCCCAACGUGGGUCUACGACGCAGCGGGCAGAUCGAGGGAGUCCGGCAGAUGCACAGCAACGCCCCUCGCAGCCAAAUGGCCACAGAGGGAGAUCUGGUAGCCUGGAGCCGCAGGGUGCUGGUCCCUGAGCUCGAAGAAGCCUCUGUCAGGAGACAAGUGAACUGGCGUGAAGCUAAAGGAGAGGAAGAGAUCAAUAUUUAUCAGUCAGAAAGGAGAAGACGUACUCUCCACUCUCUCCCCAAGGAGAGCAGGGUUCAUCCGACAUCAGAGUGUGUGGUAGAUGAAGCGAGGAGGAGCCAAGGUAACCAUGGCUAUCAAACCCGCGCUGCCAUGGAAGAGACAAGUCGGCAGAGUGCUGAGGCUGCUGAUGAGGAUGAUAGCACCUCAGAGGGAGAGGUGGAGGUACGGCAAAUCAACGGGCACUCCUCAGAGGAGGAGAAGGAUGAUGAGGAGAAGGAGCCCUGGCCAGAUGAGCACAGUAGUUCGAGCGAUUACUCUAGCGAUUAUUCGGACUGGACAGCCGAUGCCGGGAUCAACCUUGAACCGCCCAAGAAGAGCGUUAAAGUGAAGAAGAAAAGCAGCGGCUCAGAGGAGGAUGGGGAGAAGAAGAGGGAGGGGAAGAAGGAAAGGAAGAAAGACAAAGCAGACAAAGACGGCGCAUUACCAAAGAAGAAGAAGCCAAAGGAGAAGAGGAAGAGGACGCAGUUUCAGGAGCAAGGGCUAACUCUGGAGGAAUGGCUUCCCUCUGCCUGGAUCACAGACACGGUCCCCCGGAGAUGUCCUUACAUACCCCAGAUGGGCGAUGAGGUGUACUACUUCAGACAGGGCCAUGAAGCUUACGUGGAGAUGGCCAAACAGAAAAAAAUUUACAGCAUCAAUCCUAAGAAGCAGCCGUGGCACAAGAUGGAGCUCCGGGAGCAGGAGUUGAUGAAGAUAGUUGGAAUCAAGUAUGAGGUGGGUUUGCCCACGCUGUGCUGCCUGAAGUUGGCGUUUCUGGACCCAGACACUGGAAAAUUAACCGGGGGAUCUUUCUCUAUGAAGUACCACGACAUGCCUGAUGUAAUCGACUUCUUGGUGUUGCGGCAGCAGUUUGACAACGCCAGAAAAAGGCAGUGGCGCAUAGGUGACAGGUUUCGGUCAGUGAUCGAUGAUGCCUGGUGGUUUGGGACCAUUGAGAGCCAGGAGCCCUACCAGUCCCAGUAUCCUGACAGCUUGUUCCAGUGCUACAAUGUCUGCUGGGAUAAUGGAGACACAGAGAAGAUGAGUCCUUGGGAUAUGGAACCCAUCCCCGAUGAUGCCACGUUUCCAGAUGAGCUGGGCCAGAGUGUUCCGCUCAUCGAAGAGGAGCAGAAGGAGCUGCUGUACGUUCCCCUGGACGGUGAAUGGGGCUGCCGCACACGCGCCGAGGAGUGCGAACGUAUCAUCAAAGCCAUCGACCAGCUCUGCACACUCGAUGUUGCAGCACCGUUUGCCUUCCCAGUGGACCUGCAAGCGUACCCCACGUACUGCACAGUAGUGGCCUACGUCACUGACCUCAGCACUAUACGCCAAAGGCUGGUGAACCGCUUCUACAGGCGGCUCUCCUCUCUGAUGUGGGAGGUUCGCUACAUAGAACACAACGCCCAGACGUUCAACGAGCCGGGGUCAUUCAUCGUCACCACCGCCAAGUUUGUCUCUGACCUCAUGCUGCAGUUCAUUAAGGACCAAAGUCUGACAGACAUCAUGCCCCUCCAUAAAACUAUGAAGAAGGCAACCUUCUCUGACUCUGAAGAUGAGGAUGACGAGGAAGAGGACGAAGAUACUAAUACUCCUGGAACAUCCACACGAAACCAUAAGGGCCGUCGACCCAUACAGCGCCAGCUGCGAGCUCGACCUCAUUCGUACGACCCUCACGCGUGGAAAGGACGCUGCAAAGAGCUGCUGGAUCUCAUCUUUCAAUGUGAAGACUCUGAGCCCUUCAGAGAACCUGUAGACCUACAAGAGUACCCGGACUACCUGCAAAUAGUUGAAUCGCCGAUGGACUUUGGCACUGUUCUCAACACGCUGACGGAAGGAAAGUACCAGUCUCCCAUCGAGCUCUGCAAGGAUGUCAGGCUCAUUUUUAGCAAUUCCAAAGCUUACACGCCCAGUAAGAAGUCUCGGAUUUAUAGUAUGAGCCUAAGGCUUUCUGCUCUGUUUGAGGAGCAUAUCAGCCCCAUCCUGGCUGACUACAAAGCCAUCCACGGCCUGACUGAUAAACUGACCAAACAAGGCACCGACAGACAGACGCGACACACUACAGACAGACAGACACGGCACGUAAUGAAGAGGAGGAGGAGGAGAAGCGAAUCUCCUGCAAGCAGCACCGCGUCCAGCCCAGAGAGGAAGAGACGCGUAUCUUCCAGAGUGAACGCAAAGAAGGAGCCUUCGCCUGUCCCUUCACGACCCUCCUCUCUGAGGCAGAGCAUCCCCGUCAAGCAGCAGCCGCCUCAGAUGGUCAACGGCAAAGCAGAAACGCCAGCUCCAGGACGCACGCGUAGCGCCGCGCGCCAUACGACACACUCACUACCCUCCUCGUCCUCAUCACAUAACGUCAUGAACAGCACGCCGAGCACAACAGAGUCGACUCGCUCGCUGCGGGCUCAUAACUCUGUGCCAGCUUCGUCUUCACCAGCUCCUGAGAAGGUGACACCUUCCCAAUCCACAGAGAGUAGCAGCGGAAGCACUCGACGGAAACUCAGGACACCUGUUCGACACACACCAGGCUCUCCUGGCAGCACUUCAUCUCAUAGCACAGUCCACCUGAAUGGCCACAGUAGUCAUGUGACCCUGGGUGUGGGAAGAAGGGGGAGAAAGUCCAGACUAGAGCCGCCAGUGAGUCCACCAGAGGUCUCAACCCCGGCCAGCCCUUCAAGACCGCGAGGUCGCCCACCUGGGAAGAAGAGAGGUAGGAAGAGCAAGCAGGAGGCGGAGGACAUAAGACAGAGCGGCAGCCGCAGGAGCUUCACCCCUGACGACGAGGUCGACCCGUCCACAGGCGACGAAGGCGGCAUGUCUUCUGCACAGGAAGUGUUGUCGGACUCUGGCAUGGCGUCGACGCCGAGACGGCGCGGCCGGCCCGAGUGGUGAGAAUCGAGGAACCUGCUCCUCCUCCUGAGUCACCGGAGCCCUCGCCACUGAGGAGGAGCAGCAGAAGGGCCAACGAAGAGGGCACGCCUCCGCUCCAGACCCAACGACCCAGCCGGAAAGAACCUCCUAAGGAGGAGGAGGAGGCAGG